CUGGUCUAAUAGCAGAGCGCACACUCACACUGAGGAUGCAGGAAUCUCCUUCACUUUAGUCAACGGAUUAGUAACCUAUUGUUUUUUUCUUUCUGCUGCAGCAUGAGCGCUCAGUGUAGCGCUUACUACAGCGCUGACGGUGUGUUUGUGGACGGAUUCUCCUGCCCCAGACCGGGAAACGCUGUUUCUGCUGUCUACUGCUGCGGAUUUAAUGAUGUUAAAUAUUGCUGUGAUGAUCCCAACAGUUUUUUCCCGUAUGAAUACGGAUAUAUGUGGUGGUUGAGUAUUGGUGCUCUAGUUGGUCUGUCCAUUGCAGCAGUGGUCCUCCUUGCCUUCCUCAUCACCGUAUGUGUCCUCUGCUACCUCUUCAUCGCCACCAAACCCAGUCGUCUUGACAACGGCCUACCCCUUAAUGCACCAUUAGGAGAUCCAAGGGAGGGAACCAGUCGUGCGAGAGCAAUCUGUCCUUCAGGUCCACAGGGAUUCAGAAAACACUUCAUGAGCAGGAAGCUGGACUGUGAUAACCAGCCGCCAGACCCUGAGCUCUUGUUCCAGAGGUGUUUCACAGCUAAUGUCACCGGCGUAAAAGUGGAAAAUCCCUCGUAGGCCACUGAGAGACUUCUUAUUUACAAGUGGGACCAGCAGUCCAGGCCAAGAGAAACAGUGGAUCUGAAGGCAGACUGCUCUGCCAAGGGGCCGCUGUGACACUGGGAGGAACAGCAGCUGACAUAAUGUGAUGUGCACAGGAGUCGUGGUAGUUGAGUGGAUAAAAUAAUAAGUAGUGCAAAGUUAAAAAAUAUGUACAUUUAUUUGCCAGAAGAGCUGGAAAGAGAGACGGGAAAUGUGGGAGGGGAGGACAUACAGCAAAGGGCCGCGGGCUGGAAUCAAACCCAGGCCACUGUGGUAAGGAUUUGCACAUGGUGCACGUGCUCUGCCAGGUGAGUUAACUGGCAUCCCAAGCAGUGCUAAAUCUAACAAGCACACAAGUAAAGCUCUGAAAAGCCUUUGUGAAACUCCUCAUGAGUUUCAGCACCAUGCAGCAGUAAUUGAGAGCAUACAAAUGGAAAUUGAUUAACCAACAUCUGUUUGGAAGAGAAUGUUUAUAAUUGGUCCCAAGAAAGACUAAUUAAGGAAUGUGCAAUCAUUAAGGGCAACUAGGGAUGUAGGCUGAGUUUCGGGGCCAACUUUACAUUCAGGGUGUAUAUUUUGAUGCUGAAGAUAUGGCUUGUAGCAGAAAAAAGAGCUUGACAUACCAAGUCAACCGCUGAGUCUUGAUGGCAAGGCUGUAAUUUUAUACUCAGGGAUUUGUGGGGAGGCUGUCCUCACCAGAAAAAAUGACAGUGUUAUUUGUUCAAAUGCUUACAAUGGCCUAUGUUAUGUUUUAAUAAGUCAAGUCAAUUUUAUUUACAUUGUCCAAUAUCAUAAAUCACAAAUUUCCCUCAAGGGACUUUACAAUCUGUACAGCAUAUGACACACAGAGACGUCUUGUAAGAUCUGAUUUCCACCUUCAAACAAGCAAGGCAUGAUGCGGUUAUGUGGUAUGCUCCUUAAUCUUUCAGCUAUCUGGGUGCCUUCUGUCAUUUCCCAUAUAUAUUGAUAGUUAUUUAAAUCACUACAGGCAAAUGUUUGUCUUUAUUUGAAUCAUACCACAAACAAAAACUAGCACAAACUUCUUUAUUGUAAAGCAAAACUUGAAAAGUGCUGCUGUUGAAAAUGCUUGACAAACUUAAAAGAUUGGUUGGCGUGGUAGCAUCGCCUUUCCUUCAAGCUGCUCCAUGCUUUGUAGCCAGUUUUCAGUAAAUGGUGGAUACGUUCUUUUGGGCAUCACAACCCCUGUGAAAUGAUUUGUCUGCUCCAAUUAUGGUGGAAAUGUUUUUAUUUAUAUAAAGAGAAACAAGAAAUUCACCUGCCAGAUGACAAUUCAAGAUAUAAUACAGUUAUCAGCAGUUUGUUUUUUUAGCUUACUUUUUUUGGACAUU